GGUGUUGCCGUGAAAGAACACAAACUCCCAGAAUCCUCCGCGCUGUGAGAAGGUGACAGAGGACGGCAAUAAUGGCCUCUGCUUAUCUUACUCACCAGCAGAAAGUGUUGAGGCUUUACAAAAAAUCACUGAGGCACAUCGAGUCAUGGUGCAUAUUUAGAGACAAAUACCGUUUCUACGCCUGCAUGCUGCGUGCUCGUUUUGAUGAGAACAAGAAUGAAAAAGAUCUGGUGAAGGCCACGAUGAUGCUGAAGGCAGGAGAGGAGGAGUUCUGGGCCAACCAGCAUCCUCAGCCCUACAUCUUCCCCGACUCUCCCGGAGGGACCUCCUACGAAAGAUACGAGUGCUACAAGGUCCCAGAGUGGGUGCUGGACUGCUGGCAUCCCUCAGAGAAGGCCAUGUACCCUGACUACUUCUCUAAGAGGGAGCAGUGGAAGAAACUAAGAAUGGAGAGCUGGGCAAAGGAGGUUGCUCAGUUGGAGGCGGAGACUUCAGCUGGAGGCCCCAGAACCGAAGCCCUCCCUCCUGCUCGUAAGGAGGGCGACCUCCCCCCUCUGUGGUGGCAGUUUGUCACCCGUCCCAGGGAACGUCCAACAUAAACACCUCGUCUCUCCUGGGAUCAGUCCCGCUGUCUUUAAUUGUGGGCGGGUACACGAACCACCAAACCCAACAAAAUCGAGGCUGGCUGAGCUUUUUUCUGUCUGUCGUUUCACAACAACCCUGAAUUCAGUGACUAGUAAGUUAAAAGGUUUAGGUUGGUUAAUGACUCUGGAAAACUCUGUAGAAAUACCUGUAAUUGUUCUAACAAAUACAUUUAUGAUGAGUGA